AUGCAACUGACGGAUGCUCUUUCUUCUUCCUCAUCAGCGACCAGUGCGCCGUAUCACGAGCCUGAGCUCUCCACCAUCCAUCUUUGGCCCGGCAGAUUACCCACCAGACGACACCUCGUCACCGCGUUACACCCUGAGAAGCCUGUCCGCAGCAGCGUAACUAGACAGCAGGACAGCAGGACAGCAGACAGCUUAGACACGGGGCUGGUGGUUGAGCCAGACAUCAGGACCCUGACGCCACCGCCUGGCGUGCAAGUCAGUGCAGUACGGAGCACCACGGCUUACAAGAGGUUCGACUUUGACAAAACCGCUGGAUCGCGCGAGCUAGACUCAUCAACCGCGACACUCGAGAGCAAGCUGGCGCCUCUUCGCCUCUUUAGCUUCGGCCGCCAUAGUCGAAACCUCGUUCGAUGCAUGUCCCCCCGUGCUGUCCGAGAUCGGUUGCGUGAACGGCUGCUCCAUUUCCGUCUUGAAACUUUACCACUGGUCAAGGUCAAUCUGCAGACGCGCAUAUAUCGCUUCUUGAUUCAUCGUCAACGCAAGCGCAACCAACACGGCCGUGUGUUGAACCUGGUUGCCAAGCAACGGCAACAGCUCGUGCAUGCCGAAUCGCAGCCUACCGACAGUCGCACGCCUCGUUCGCAAAGACGACGACCUCGGCAACCACCCCCCAAGCAUGUAAAGGCGAUCCCGCGCGUCUUCCACAAGGCAAACAAGAUGCCGUCGUUUGCGGGAGUGACGGCCGCCUGCAACGGCUCCGGCUCUGGUGCCAAUGAUGUAGUACAAGACGCCGGCGAGAGAGGAGAAAGAGGAUACAGACGGAGGAAGCUGGCGGCCAUGGCUGGCAACCUGUACCGAAGCGGGCAGGCAGCAGUCACGGAGCUCCGAGAAACAUACGCGCAAUCAAGAGCAAGGGGCCUGGACGAUUUUGGGACAAACGAGAGCACACACAUUCCUGGCGCGUUCCCCGACGUAGCCAUCACGUCCCGGGGAAACGAGCAAAUGGUUUUGUUUCCAUCAUAUGCCAAAACACAUACAAGGAGGGAUUGGACGCAAACGGCUCAACCUCAAUCGCUGGAUCAACCAGGACAGCAGAACGAAGAGUGGUGGCGCCAGGAGUGGGAAAAGCACGAGGACGAAAAGGCCAUUGUCGACGUCGAUGUCAGAGGAUGGAUAUACUCGCCCCACGUCAGCCCCAUGACGAGGAGGAACCGCAUCUUGAUUGGACUGGCACGCCAGCUGAGCGGUAUUCCAUCUCUCAAGUCUGAUUCGGCCAACGUGGCGACGACGGUGGGAGGCAUCGGCAACGGCAGCGAACCAAAGCCUCCGCACCAAAUACGACAGGAAAUUCAUGAUCAGGAGAAGAUUGAGCGCGAGGCUGCCGUCAUUGAGAGGCGCGGGCAAGAGGAAAAGCGCGUGGCUUCUGCCGGUGGCUACAGCGAGCACCCUGGCAACAACCACAGGAAGAACUGCCACUACAAUAGCACGCUUGGCGUCGAAGCCGCGAGCAGUGUUCCGCGGCAUCGGCGACAUGGCAGCCAUACUCCUGAUUCGGCACCGGCGAGCCCAAGUCUCUCGGCCCGCCAAGCCUCUGGGUUGGGCGAGCUUACCGAGACCGAGCUCGCCGUGGCCAACGCCAAUCUGAUGGCGCGCGUUGCGCCGUUUCUGACGAAUCCCCUCGUCUCCAUGCCCAUUACCUUGUUUUUCUACAACGAGACCAGGUCACAGUCCAAGACGGUCUUGACAGACGACGCCGGGCAUUUCAACGUCCGAGCAGCCCUCGACUUCGUGCCUACCCAGGUGAGGGUGCUUGCCAAUGAGCAACUUUCGGCAACGCAGGAGGUGAAGAUUACGGGGCCGGCCGGCAUCAGCUUGAUUAGCGACAUUGACGACACCGUCAAGCGAUCCAACAUUUCCGGUGGUGCCCGCGAGAUCUUCCGCAACACGUUUGUGCGGGACCUGGGCGGUCUUUGCAUCGACGGGGUUCGCGAGUGGUUUACCGAAAUGCACAACCUGGACGUGAGCAUGCAUUACUGCUCCAACAGCCCUUGGCAGCUGUUUCCGGUAUUGGCGAGUUUUUUCAAGAUUGCCGGCCUUCCGCCUGGCUCGCUCCAUCUGAAGCAGUACAGCGGCAUGCUGCAGGGAAUUUUUGAGCCGGUCGCGGAACGGAAAAAGACGACGCUGAACCGGCUGGUCAAGGACUUUCCCAGCCGAAAAUUCAUCCUGGUCGGCGACAGCGGCGAAGCCGACCUCGAGGUAUACACCGAGCUGGCCUUGGCAAACCCAGGGCGAGUCCUGGCCAUAUUCAUCCGAGAUGUCACGACUCCGGAGCCGACGGGGUUCUUUGACCCAGCCUAUGACCUGGCACGGCAAAGGUUGUCAAGCAUGACUGUGGACGAACGUGAGCAUGCCAAGUCGACGGGAACCGUUGCUGCAGAGGCAAAGGCGGCGGCCAGUGGACCCAUCAUGGGGGCGCUGAUUGAUUUUGCCGAGGACCCAGAGGAGGCGAAGCUGGACGAUUCGGCGGCUCUUGCGCAGCUGAGGCAAGCGGGCGAAUCUGCCCAGGGAACCAGUGCCGCAGGGCUGCCUGCACUACCCGCUGCGAAAAGGCCGCCGCCGCCGCCUCGACCCGCAAAGCCGGUGGCCCUCCGAAGCACAGCAGCGCGUGGACACGACCCGGCGGCGACUGCAGAGACGGAGGAUGUGCCUCCCCCCAAGCCAAAGAGGCCACAGGGGCUGGGAGCGAACGAGCGCCAACCUCUGACCACGAUUCCCCGUGCCGCCGAGGAUGCCGCGCUACCGCCUCCUUUACCCAGGCGCCGAUCUGGGCUGAAGAGCCUCAGCCCCGGCCUCCUCGCCCGAGGGAGCUCCCUCUCCAACGCGGACAUUGACUUUGAACCACUGCCCCCGUCCGCGGCCGACCUGCCAGCCCCGGCCGCGCCGCCCUCCCUCAGCUUCAGCCACUACCGGCCCGGGUCGAGGUCGGGAUCCACGACCCCGUCCGGAUCUCCCGUCUUGGGCGCUCAGGGGGUGAACAAGAAGCUGGAGCUGUGGAGGAGACGGCUGGCGCGCGCUCACGAGCAGCUGGACAGCCGGGGCGUCGCGCUGUACACCUGGCGGAGGGGGCACGACGUGGUCGACGAGGCCGUGGGGAUAGUCAAGCAGGCGCAGCGGAGCAUGGCGGGGGCGGCGGGCAGGAACAGAGGAGCCGGUAGACGGGCCAUGGGCACGUAG